AUUUUUGCGCAGUCUCCAUCCGAACGCGGUACCGUCCACAAUUGGUGCGACUUUUGGUGUCUUUUAAUCCGACCGCAUAGUGUGCACAAAAAAAACCGGCACGGAAACCGUUUUUGGUACACGCCGAACGAAAACGGGAUGCGCACGCCUUUUUUUUGUGCGCCCAAAACCGAAUAUCGAAUCGUUCAGUUCGAACGAAAGGGAAUUAAUAACUAAACCUACGACUCGUACCUUUCUCGUCCGAGAACUGCUCCUUUUCAAGCCCGCCAGCUGACAAGGAUGCUAAUAUUUUGCCGUAUUUAUUUGUGCAGUGUGAUGUAACAAGUGCUAAUUGUUUGGUGUUAAAGUGUUUACACAGUGAGUGUUUACGAGGGAGGAAAGAUUUCAACCGAAAACAAGCGACAAACCCACUAAUGUACUGUGUAACCGCGUUUAGCUUAAAUAAGUAAAAUAAUUUUAAAAGCACAUUAAGGUGAGUCUUAAAGGUGCUAAAUUGGUUUUGCACAAAAAUUCGUUCUUAUCAUCGGUACCACCUACAUUACGAGCGUAAGUGUAAUUUUGCCAUCAUAAGAAAACCCCGUAAAUGGAUGAAAUUUAAAAAAAAUCGUCAAGGGUUAGUAUCAAAUUCCACCACAACCGUGAGUGAUCACAGUUACAGAAAAGGAAAGCAGCUGUAAUAAGUGUGGACGGACAACAACAAAAAAAAAACAACCCGAAACCCAAUACAUCUGAUACCGUGGCUAACGGUUCAAUUUAAAAAAAGAAGUAAUCGAACCGAUUGUCACCAUUCCCGGCACUUUGUGACGUUUGUUCGUUGGAUUAACGUGUGUCUUAUCUUACCGCCACUUGACGUAUGCGUACGAUCGAUCAAGUGUGAGUAAAGGAAGAAGAUUAUAGCUAGCGACAGGCUAACGGUUCGGAUCGUCCAGUGGACAACCUCUUCAACCGAUCCUGCGCAAAACAGCAUUGCAUUAACGAGUACGAACGUGAACGUUUCGGCUGUGAAGCAAAACAGGGAUCAUCAUUAUCGAAAAAGUCCACCGUCGACCAUCGGCAAAACAAACCACCAUCGGACGUGGUACAUCUCGUACAAUUGUGGCGAAGUCUUCUACUGGUGAGCAUUGUGCCCAGUACUUCCUCAAGUUAGUAGCGCAAAAGUUGUUUUCCUAAGCUCGAAAUUCAUUUCGGUAGAAUUUCGGUUUCGGUAAGCAGUAGUACGGAUAUUCUUUGUAGACAGUACUGGGCCCCGUAGUCGUAAACCGUCGUGCUAGAAGCAUAACGCUAGCCACCAUGAUCGUCGGUUGCAGCACACCCUGUCCAAUGCGGUAGUCAGUGCGGUAGUACGGGAGGAUGGCGGAGGUCGAGACGUCUGCCGUAGCCGGCACUUCGCCGGGACCACGUGUCUCGUUCAAUAGGGAUGUGCACGUGAAACGUAUCGGUCCCCGGCUUGAGCCUUCCCGUAGCUCCCCGGCAAACGGUACCGUUCGUAAGGAACUGCCGGAAAAUCUCUCGCAGGAAGCACUUCGACGGGAAGCCGAAUUUGUUCUGGCCCAGGCUGAUAAGAUCGAUCGUAACCGAGUGAGCGGUAGUGGAACAACAGCGUCUAACAACGUCACCAAACAGUACCCCGAUCCGCUCGGUGCGGCAAGGUUCAAUUCCCUACCAUCGCGCUCAAAGUCACGCACGAAAAAGGUCACUCGAUCGUCGAGUGACGCCGCUUCCAAAAAGCCUUCCAAGAGCCUGUUGAACCUGUUCAGUCGCAAGCAGUCGGAUGAGUCUGGCGCACUGAAGGCACCGACCGCUUCCAGCCAAGCACCCUCGAGCAAAAGCACUCUUGGACGUAGUAAAAGUGAUGUUGGUAGUUCGAACGCAACUCGGAACGGCACUCUAGUGAAGCAGCGUAAAGUACCGCGUCGGGCAACGCAAGAACUGGGUGAUCUUCGAUCUAUUGGCAAAAAGAAUGACCCACUGACGCCGAUCAUCGAGGCAUCACCGCUCGAGUACACGCAGCAGAUCGAUCCGCUGACAGCGUACGUACGUCGCGGGCGAGCCGUAUCCGAGGAGCCCAAACCGUCGGCGAGAAGCACACCGAAAACGGGCGUUAUGGAAACGAUCACCUUGCUGCGCUCGACCAAUACUGCCAAAUCACAGGAAGCACUGCACAGCUCACAGCUCCCACCGGAAAAGCCUCAUCUUACCAAGGGCGUUACGGUGGAAAACAUCGUCAAAAGGUUGUCCAGCGAACGUCACACAUCACCACCACCGGCACAGAUCGUUGGUGGUGGGUUCUCGUACACCCGUGGUCCAGGCGAACCGAUCGUUUACGCACAAGUCGUUUCGAACGAAGCAAACAAAUCGAAACACUCCGUCAAGCACCAGCACUAUCCUUCGACCGAGGAGGAAGAUCCAACUACCAUGUGGACAUCGACGGAUAGUAAGAUGAGAUCUGCGGGAGGAUUCCUGGACACUACCCAACGUCCUAGUCCUCCGCUGCCGAAGUAUCGCUUAGACGAGGCAGACCAUUCGCCUCAUUCGGUCAAUGGAAUUCGUCGCAAGCUGCACACCAACAGUGACGAGGAUGAAGGACUUGGAAUAGAUUAUUCACGUCGGCAACAGCGUUACAAAUCAUCUGCUUACGUACACACAUCGAGCGGCACGACCCAGAACACAUCCCGAACAUCACCGAAAUCAUUUCUCACCAACUCGGACGAAGAUCCACCUAUCGCUCCCAGUGUCGUGCGCUUGACACCAGUCGAGAAGAAUUUCUCCAACAGCUACAGCGUCCAUUACCGUGGCCAAGCGGACGGGAAGGAACAUCUACCGGAGUUCCACGAGCUUAGCCAACGGCGCGAAAUUCUUGAGUCUCGCAUACGGUCACGCAUCGGAUCACGCGAUUUGCUCGACCGGAUGUCACCGGAAAGAACCGUACCGGUACCGAUACAACUUACGUCCGGAGCACACCGGACUUCCACCAGCAACAGUACAAGCAAGUACCGCACCACCACGGAACGUCGAUCGGUGGAUCGUGUGCUCGAUCGGCAGGAGUCACCAGUGCGAAGGAGCACACUAUCGCCAACACCUACCUUCCGGGAAUCAUCACAGGAUCGUAAUGCAGUACCGAGAAGAAAUUCCCGUGGCUAUGUCGAAACGUUCGUCACAAAGACGGUUGUGAAUCGGGAUGGCAAACCCGUAUCGGAAGAGUACGUGGAGCGGUACAAAUAUCCGGGCGACAACGUGGAAGCCGUGACGAGCUCCAGAACGGUGUACGAUCGUGAGGGAUCUGCUGGACGUACUGAGAUCCAGCGAUACAACCGAUACGUACCGGAGCAGGGAGUUUCCAGCAGUUACACCGCUCGGAAUGCGAUCGAUAAGGGUGAUUCGGGCAUUGAAAAUGAUUUCCGCAAAGAUUCGUUCAAUCAGGAAUUCAUCUCGGGGACAAAGUUUACACUGACGGAAAACGUACGCACCUGUGAGGAUUUCUUGCGUAUGGAGCGAACACACACGAAUAGCUGCAUGCGCAAACCGAGGAAAGGUCACGUGUACCGUGAACGUAGCAUCGAUGAUGGAUCACGCUAUGAUCCACGUUUGGAUGAGAUUUCGGCUAGUCGCAGCUACAACCGCGAUACUUUGAAGUCUUCCCUGAAGGCUGACAAGAAGGCCGGUGGUCUUGCCAAGGUAAAACAGUUUGUCAGCUCUACAAGAAAGAAGCUGGUCCGCAUGGGUACGGAUGGUUCGGAUAAGCGAGAGCACUCCCGUGCCGGAAGUCUCCGUUCGGAUAGUGUUGAUGGAUCCCGAGUACCGGACAUCGCUACACGUCGACGACUCUCGACACCAAAAUCCAGCCCUUCCUCCGCGAAACGAUCACUUUCAUUUAAGAGCUCCAAGCUGUCCGCAUCCUCUCCAUCAGAAGGCCAGAAACAAUCAUCCUCCCGCUCGGAUUGGUUUAAAUCGUUCGAUCGAUUGUCACGCAAGAAGUCUAGCUCGAAACCGAACCUCAGCACAGACACGAAAACGCCACCACCGAAGCAGGCGAAGAGUUUACGCUUCUUUGGCGACACCGAUACGGAAUAUGGCGAUCAGAAUGCGACCUCGUACAGAUCGGCACGGAGUAAUCUCUCGAAAACGGACAAGAAAUAUCGCAGUGCGUACGAUCUGGACACGGCCCCGAAGAUGCGCGAUACAGCUCGCAAUCGUUCGUCCUCGUUGCACAACCUGGACGAAGAGGAUGAGCUGAGCCUGCGGGGCAAAGAUUAUCGCUCGGAGGAACAUUCGAGCAGUUUCUAUCGAGCGAGAUCGCCAUCACCGUCGGACUAUAGGCAGGAUCGGACUACAACGCGCGACUACACACCGGAACGUGUAGCCAGGAAGGCGUAUCAGCAUCAUCGAUCGCGAGAAAACACUGUCGAUCUGUUAGACAGUGAACGAUCGCAGACACCACUCCACCACCAGCGUCCUGGAAGUCGUAGUCGCAGCGAGCACAAAAAGCCCCCAUCUGGUCCACAGAAGCCGGCACGUGCCUUUGAGCGUCGGGACAGUUUAAACAGGGACAUUGAUCGCAUUCUGGACAGUUCUGGAACGGAAGGUGAAUCUAGUCAACAAAGCCAGCGCAGUGUAGUUUUCCUACAUGCAACAACCGUUGGUGAUAUACCGCAUCCUCAGAUAGCGAAUGCACGUCGCCGGGCGUAUUCCCGCGAAUCACUCAACAAUUCGGUUGCCUCUUCCAAGAAAGUUCAGCCCAUGACGCGUACCGUGUCGCGUUCGAUAUCGGUGCUAGCGCCCUGGAAGCCGAAAAACAUUCGCGAAGGUUAUGAAAUCGAUUACCACAAAGACCAACAUCAGGCGAAACCGAUCUCAACCCUGCCGCGUUCCGGUACGGCCAGCCGUCAGUCGACUACCGGCAGCCAGUCUACGCUCAGCCGGCCCAAACACCGUUCACAGUCGGGCCGGGAUGAUCCGGACUCGGACAAAAGCUCUUCGUUUGAGCAAUCUCGGCGGCUCAGUGCCGACCAGCAGCGACGCACUAGUGGAUCGCGAGAAACCGGUGGAUUAGCCACACCGUACGCUUCGACAACGCUGCCUAGCUCGAGACGUUUGAAGGACUCGAUCGCACAGUAUCCUUCACGUACAACCGGUAGCGGCUCCACUUUGAAGUAUCGCCGAUGAGUAGCGGUAAAAAAAUGGAACCCGGUUAACAUGUAGACUGCAGUAAAAAAUCAUCAAUUCAUACUAAUUAAUUGAAUGUAGCAUGUAAGAUUACGGAGUUAAAUCAAAUUCUAUCUCAACAAAGGUAUUUCGAAUUGGAAAAAAAAUAAUCUACCAUGCCCUGGACAGGGUUCCAUGUUGCCAACGAUUGGAACAAUGCCAAUCCAAAUAAACAGAUGUUUAAAAUAAAUAAUUCAGCUCCAUUUUAACAAAACUGAAACCAAGUUUAACAAGUGUUGAUCGUACACACUUACGACUGACGGUAAAGAUGGCGACGAAUCAAAAAGGAAAUUGAUCUUUUGUUUAACAUGCGUGUCGUUCAGAUCCCUAAUAUUCUAAUAAUAAAGAAUCCUUGAAGUACCAGUAUAA